AGCCAUGGAAAGCCAGCCGGCGGCAUGGGUCGCUGAUGGUUGCCGGGCGGACACCGAACAGGCGGAAGAGCAGCGGCAUUGCUCUUCGCCUUCUCCAGACACCGCCGUUAGCAGUACGUCAGCAGACGCAGAACCGGCGGCGACGGUGGCGUCCGGCCCUCAGCCUCCUUGCUCGGACGAGCUAGGCAUCGAAAUUCUGAACCCUGAGGUGAUUCGGCUGAUCUUCGGUUACCUCGACGUACAAAACCGGGGCCGUAUGGCGCAAGUGUGCACCGCCUGGAAGGCCAUCGCCGACGAGCGCUGCAUCUGGGUGGAUGUAGAGGCGCGGCUGAGGCUUUCCGAGUGCAGCACCUCGGUUCUGGACUGCGUCGCUCGACGAGGCAUACGACGCGUGAAGGUCCUCGGCUUCAAGGGCGAUCAGGUGGCGCAGCUGGUCCGGGCGCUGCCGCACAUAAAGUCGCUCGAUUUGUCCGACAACUUUAGCGUGAACAACAGCGUCGUCAUUGGGGCGUUCGAACCGCGGGUGUGCGAAUCGCUCGCCAUUCUGAACCUGAGCUGGUGCCCGCAGAUCGACGACUCGGCGAUAGAGUGUCUCACCAACCAGCUCCCCAACCUCGAGGAGCUGUACUUGAUCGCCUGCGACCACAUUACCGAUUCCAGCAUGGGCUUCAUCGCUGCCAGGCUGCCCAGGCUCAGGGUGCUCGACAUCAAAGAAUGCGAAGUGUCCAGCGCGGGCCUGCAGCAGCUGGCGGGAUUCUGCGAGGAUGGGGUGCUGUCGGCUACGCUUGGCGCGAAAGCGCUGACGCAUCUCGGCCUCGAGGACUGCGCGCUCGUUUCCGACGCCGGUCUGGAGUCCAUCAGCUUGGGCUUGCUUCACCUGUUGCGCUUGGACCUCAGCAUGUGCCUCGGUGUUACGGAUGCGGGAUUUGAGCACGUGGGAAAGAUGAUGUCCCUCAAGGACCUGGCCCUGACCGGCUGCGAGGACUUGACGGGACUCACCGUUCAUCACCUCGCCGUCGGCCGGUUCUCGCUCACUAGCCUCGACAUCGCUUACUGUAACCACAUCGACGACGAUGCCAUUUCGAACAUCUCGCGUGGUUCGGGCCUGCUCGCGCUGAGGACGCUCAACAUCACUGCCUGUCCCGUGACGGACGUCGGCAUCUCCACGUUGGCGCAGAAGUUGACCGACCUCAGGGUGCUAAACAUAUCCGAGUGCGAUCUCGUCACCAAAGAAGGCAUCGCUGUCGUGUCAGCGCAUCUGCGCAGGUUGCGUGCUGUUCACAUGAGACUCUGCAUGGGCCUGACGAACAUUGCCCUGAAGCACUUGUCACGCAUAUCUAGUCUAGAGGUGGUGAACCUGAAGGGCUGUAGCAAGUUAAGGAACAAGGCAAUGUCCUACAUGGCACCCGGCAAAACGCAGUCGAAUAUCCUGGAACUGGACGUCAGUUUCACGGCCAUAAACGAUGCUGGCGCCCGCUACAUAGCACAGGGCAUGCAGAAGUUGCGGAGCCUGAACCUGAGCGGCUGCAUGGUUGGCGACAAGGGCGUGGCACGCAUCGCGCGCAGCCUGGGCAGUCUGAGCACACUGAAGAUCUCGCGCUGCCACGAAAUCAGCGACAACGGCAUAAAGGCGAUCGCCUGCAACCUCAAGAACCUGAAGGCCAUCGACAUCAAGGGUUGUCCGAGGACUACAUCAGCCGGAAGGCGUUGCCUGAUCGCCAGGUUGCCAAACCUGAAAUUCCUGUGAGGUCGAAAAACUCUAAAAGAACGCAGUAAUGGACAGAGUAGG